GACUUUUAUUUCACGAAAGUGCCGAUGUGAAUCAGCCGGUAUCUCCCCCGUUCUCCUUAGAGCAUAUGUCCUUCACAUCCUGAGCUCUGUAAGCUGAGCACCGCAUCUCACACUAACCAUGGCAGCUCAGGUCACUGAAUCAGACCAGAUCAAACAGUUCAAAGAAUUCCUGGGCACCUACAACAAACUAACAGAAAACUGUUUCAUGGACUGUGUUAAAGAUUUCACUACAAGAGAAGUCAAACCAGAGGAGACCACGUGCUCUGAGAGCUGCUUACAGAAGUACCUGAAGAUGACACAGAGGAUCUCCAUGCGCUUUCAGGAGUACCACAUCCAGCAGAAUGAAGCAUUAGCUGCUAAAGCUGGCUUGUUGGCACAGCCCCGAUAAUCAAAAGCUGUUUGUAUGAACUCCAAACCAUUACACCACGCUCUCUCUAUUCCAGUGUGGAGAAAGGGUCGCCAAACUGGACCGGUAAGGGAGAGGACACAGGUGACUCUGAUCUCCAUCGGCUCAUUGGAUAACUGGAUUUUUGGGAUUUUGUUUCCCUGCAGGACAGACAUGAUAGCUUUGUGCAAAAAACAAAAGAUCUUGAUUGUUUUUAUUGUAGCAUGAUGCAAAAUAAAAUGUACCAGUCAACUGUAUUAUUAGAAUUUAAUGGUAUUUUUAAUAGUAUUGUUAGCUGGGUAAAUAAAAAAAGACACUCAAGUCAUAUGUCACCCCAAAAUUAACAAAUUAACAAAUUAAGACUAUUUUUAGGACCAUUAAGAUAUUUACAUUUUCAUGACAAUUAAGCACAUCCCCAUUUCAGUAUUACUGUAGUGCCUUUAAAAAUCUCACUCAUUACUGUAAUGUGAAAGAAAAACAUGUUUUUAAAGAAAUAGUUAACCCAAAACAUUCUCUCAUCAUUUACUCACCCUCAUGCCAUCCGAGAUGUGUAUGAAUUUAUUUUUUCUGUGGAACACAAACUAAGAUUUUUAGAAGAAUAUUUCAGCUCUGUUGGUCCAUACAAUACAAGUGAAUGGUGACUAGGGUAGGGUUGCACCAGCUGUGCGUAAGUUGGGACGUAAAGUUCACACUAAGGUCUUAGUAACUACUAGUUGGUUUGUAACUAAGUCAGUGCUUAAUUCAGUUGCACCACCGAAUGUGUUGAAACUUGACACCGCACUCUGAAAACUGCAUCAUUAGAUCGGUUUCAUGCUGAAGAGCCGCUUAAAAGACAGUUUUUUUUUUUCUCUCUCGUAAAUGUAAACAAGUGUAAAUGCCAACUCCAUAUAUGUCGAAAGGACUGAAGCUUGUCACGCAAAACAUGAGCUCAUUUAUGUCAUCAAAUAUCAGUCUGCUUAUUUAUUCCAUCUGUUACUCCUGGUCGGAGGCUUCUGUAAAUAUUUAGUUUACACGUAGGGUUACGUCCUACCUAAGUUUAAUUGUAAAUGCUCAAAUAUUUAGUAGGGUGUAAAUUGUGACUUAGUGCCCAUUUAUGCCACAACUAGGCUAAGUUGUAACGUACGUAUAGCUGGUGCAACCGGCCCCUGAACUUUGAAGCUCCAAAAAGGGCAGCAUAAAAGUAAUCCAUCUGACUCAACUUGUUGAAUCCAUGUCUUUAGAAGUGAUAUGAGUGUGGGUGAGAGUCCUUUUUUAUCUAAGUCCUUUUUUUUACUAUAAAUCUCCACUUUCACUUUCUUUUGUUUUUUGGCAAUUCAAAUUCUUCAUGCAUCUACUGGGCAGAGAGGAGAAUUUAUAGUAAAAAAAAAAGGACCUACACCCA